CCAGAAGUGCAAAAUUGUGUAACGCUAACAUUUCGCCAUUGUUUUUUUUACCCUCCAGGCCACCGUAUAAAAGAUCGAAUUAUUAUGAAUGUUACACUUUAUAGAGGAAAUACGUGUCGUAUCGCCGAGUCUCCAUUGGAGAAUCCCCAAAUUAAAUUUGCGCCGUCAAGUGUGCAGUACAGGUGGCCACUUUGCUUGAAUGACCGGAAGUUCCGGAAGUUCGCCCCGGUGCGAAACCUUCGACCCGAAGCGCAAAUUUUAAGCAUCAUCACUGCAAACCCACGAGGAAGGCUGACCUGCAUGCGUCCAAGCCUUCAUAUUUGAUUUUCCCAAAUUUUGCCGAGUUACCGGAAUCGUUUCCAUUUGUGCCUUAAGCGGAAAUUGCAGCGGUUUGGCGGAGGCGGGGGCGGAGAAGGACGGAGGAGGGGGGAGGGACCAGCCCGUCCGGCCGCCCGUUGCACGUACAUGUUCUUCCUCGUCGCCCAACGAAGGGUCAAAGUUUGCCAGCAACAAUAGACGGAAAAUAACGUCCGUCCGUCCCCCCCAAACCCAAACCCAAAUCCAAAUCCAGGAUUAUCGUCGUCGUCGUCGUCGUUGUGGUUCCCAUGAUGAAGACGACGCCUCCGCUGGCGUGCUCCGCGGUCGUCGCUCUGCUCUGCUGCUGCUGGACGCUCGCUUCCGCGCGGGCCGAAGGAAUCGAACUGCGCAGGCAGAAGAGAGAUUGGAUCCGUCAUCCCAGGCAGCUGAAGGAGAACCACGACUACUCCGGCAUUGACAUCGGCAGAAUCCGUUCGGAUAAAGAGAACUUCACGAGGAUUCUGUAUUCGCUGAGCGGGCCCGGCGCCGACGAGCCUCCCGUUCGCGUCUUCGGGGUGGACCCGAUAACUGGCUUAUUGAAGGCCUACAAAGUUUUGGACCGCGAAGAGAUCGCCUUUUACGACUUGAAAGGAGUGGCGAAAUACGAAGACGGGACUCGUGCCGAAAAGGACGUGGACAUCAGAAUCUCUGUGGUGGAUGAAAACGACAACGCCCCCAUAAUUAAAGCAAACCAAGCGGGAUCCGUCAGUGAAUCGUGCGCCGCGGGCACCGCGGUCAUGAGGGUGAUCGCCACCGACGCCGAUCAAGAGGGGACCCUCCACUCCCACAUCUACUACACCAUCGUGGAGAGCAGCAGCAGCAGCAGCACCGCCGGCAUGUUCUUCAUCCACUCUCAGACCGGAGAGGUCUCGGUUCUGAAAAACACGCUGGACCGGGAGACAAAAGAUACGUACAAGGUGGUCGUCAGAGCUUCUGACUUGAAUGGACAAGCCGGAGGAAAUGUAGGAAUGGGAGAAAUUCAGAUCAAAAUCCUGGACAUAAACGACAACGUACCCACUCUGGAAAAAGAAUCGUACGAGGGCAGCGUGGAGGAGAACACCAUCAACGUGGAGGUGCUGAGGAUUCAGGCCGUCGACUUGGACUUGAAGUUCACCGACAACUGGCUGGCGGUCUUUCAAAUCGUCUCGGGGAACGAAGGGGGAUAUUUUAGCAUCGCCACGGACUCCAAAACCAAUCAGGGGAUCAUCACCAUUAAGAAGGAACUGGACUACGAGGAGAUCAAGUCGCUCAACUUGGCGGUGGCGGUUUCCAACGUGGCCAAGUACAAUUUCGGGAGCUCCUCCAGCACCACUUCCAUAAUCCCAAAGUCGUACUCGGUGAAGAUCAACGUGCUGAAUCAGAAGGAGGGUCCCCGUUUCCAGCCCUCAGUCAAAGUGGUGACGCUGUCCGAGGACCGCUCGUCCAUCUCCGUCAACACCGUCAUCGCCACGUACACGGCCAUCGACAGCGACACGCACCAGACCGCCGCCAACGUCAGGUACGUCAAAUUGCGCGACGACGACAACUGGCUGAUCAUUGACGAGAAAACCGCCGAAAUCAGGCUGAAUAAACUGCCGGACCGAGAGUCCAAAUUUUUGAUCAAUGGGACGUACUACGCCCAAAUCAUCUGCAUUAGCAAGGAAGUGUCCUCAAAGACCGCCACGGGGACCAUCGCCAUUCAGGUCGAGGACUUCAACGAUCACUGCCCCACGGUGACCGCCACAAACCACGUCAUGUGCUACGGGGAAAACGUCGUCUACGUCACGGCCGUAGACCAAGACAGAUUCCCAAAUUCGUCGCCGUUUGAGUUUUCUGUGACGUCAACGAGAAGCCAGGGGAAGUGGUCGGUGGAGCAUCUCAACGCGACGACGGCGAUCCUGCGGGAUCAAGAGCACUUGUGGCCGGGCGUGUACAAAGUGGCCGUCGAGAUCAAGGACCAGCAAGGGAAGUCGUGCGGCGACUUCCAGAUGCUCGACGUGGUCGUGUGCACGUGCGAGCCGGGCACCAAAACGUGUGGGGCCCGCCUCUCAAAGCGUUCGGAUUUUGGUGUUACCGGAAUUCUCCUUUUGCUCUUGGGACUACUUCUGCUUCUCCUGGUGCCUUGCCUGCUGUUGUUCUGCCUGUGCGGCGGCACCGGAGGAGACUUUAAAGCAAUUCCAUUCGAGACCAAACAGCAGCUGAUCUCCUACCACACCGAGUGCCAAGGAGAAGAUCGGGACGUCCCCCUCCUCCACGCAACAGAUGCUGGACAGACGACCUUGGGGGCAAAGGGAUACCUCGGGGGACUGGUCGAGGGGGGCGGCGCGAUCAUCUGCGGCAACGAAAACUCCGUCCUGACCACCGACAACGUGCACCUGUACAACGAGUACAACCGAUUUUGUGGCCGAGGGAAGACGACCGCCGUCGAUGGCGGCGUGACGACCGGACAAGGUCACUUCAACCAGUACAGGGGCGGAGCCUAUGACGACUUGGCGCUGUCUGACCACUUCUUGGAGGAAUACUAUUCCAGUAAGUCCAACCAUGCUGCCCAGCAGUCCCAGGAGAAGGAUGCCAUACUCGUGUACGACUACGAGGGAGGGGAGUCCCUCUCGGGUUCCGUGGGCUGCUGCAGCCUCCACGAGAACGACAACGACCUUUCGUUCCUCGACGACCUGGACCCGAAAUUCAAAACCUUGGCUGAGAUCUGCAGGGGUUCAGCUCAAGUGGAUGCGGGCAUACGCACCCUUCCGCCGGCCAGACCGGCGUCUCCUGUCGUGCCCUCCGUUCAGAAGCACGUCCAGACUCACGCUGAAACCGUCAGGGACAGGGACCGCGUCCACGUCGACUCCUUCAACAACUCCAAGGUAACAUCCGGAACGUCCACCUUUGUCCAAGAGGGAUCAGCCACACUCUCCAAGGUCCACGUCCAAGACAACGUUGUGAUUCCCAGUCAAACGCUGCUCGUGCAACAGCCCGCCUUGUACUACGCCGCCACACCCAUGUAUGUCGUCGAGCCUCAGAACCAAAUGGUCCUUGUUGCGGGAGGCGCCCAGCAGGGAGUGGGUCAGGUCGGGGUCACGCAGGGACUGGUUCAAGUCGGUCAGCAGGGAGUGGGUCAGGUUGGGCUCGCGCAAGGACUGGUUCAAGUCGGUCAGCAGGGAGUGGGCCAUGUUGGGCUGACGCAAGGCCUGGUUCAAGUCAGUGGCCUCCAAGGAUCUCAAGGCAUGGUGGUCGUGGACGGGAAAGUAGCGCAAGGAACCUUACCUCGACCAGUAGUGGUAGUGGAGAACGGCUCUACAGUUGGGGGGCACGGUGCAAAAGUUACCCUCGUCCAGACCAGUCAGGGAUCUCGGGAGCAAGCAACCUUAUCCAGAAAGGUGUUGGUGGUGGACAAGGAGUCCUCGGGCGGGGGUGCACAAGUAGCCUUUGUCCAGGCAGGUCGGGGAUCGAGCGAGCAAGGGUUGGAAGUCAGGGGUCAAAGUGCGCAGGCUAAGAGUUUCUCACGGGCUUCUCAAGAUUCCGCAGGUUCCAAGGAGGACUUUGCCCUGAGAGCAACACCCAAGUCGCAAGUCGGCCAGAGAGUGGUGGUCCAGCAGCGGAAGAAGGUCUCGGUUACAGAGAGGAACAUCGAAUCUACGUCUAGAGCUUAAAGAAAAGAUUUGCUGUGGGAAACACGUUACUACACGGACUGGGGGGUGUCUUUGAUCCAGAUCCGAUGUUCAUAUAUUGUGGGACUUGAACAAAGUUCUUACAUUCUGCCGCUUUUGAAUCAGUUUAGAGAAGCGGUACGGAAAAUGAAUGAAUCAAGUGCGAAGCCUUAUUUGAACCCUGUUGCUAACUAAAAGCGGUCCAAAAUAUAAACCAAAAAACAUUCUCGGAUUUAUUGAGAUUUGGAUUCACACGAGUUCCCCGCGCAGCGUUAAAGACGUUUACGUUCCGCGUUUGGUGACGAGGGCCACGCCCGUGUUGCGCCCACAACCUUUUCUUACGUCUCUCUCUUUGUUUCACUUGACAUAAAAUGUUUGAAAUCACUCCAAAGCAGCCAUAAAAUAGCGACAUUCACCUUUUGCCAAGUCACAACCAAGAGCAGUUUGGAAGUUUUGACGAGAACAGCAAACAAUGCGAGGCUUCAGGUACUUUUGCAGGCGGGAUUGGCUUUCAAGUAAUGCGUCAUUUCAAAAUGAUGUUUCUCUUUUAUCCACUCGCAGUGCACAAUACCUUAAGUGUUAUUCUGACCAAUGAGCGGUUAGUAAUAGUUUAACUUUAGACAUGCCGGGCGCUGACCUUGCUAUUAUUGAACUUUCGUGAUCGUGCAACUAAUCGAGGACUGCUCAGAUGAGUUCUUGCGCUAAAAUGCAGCCACUGAAUUAACACAUGAAAGCACUUUUGUGAAUGUCAACUUUAAAAAAAAAAAAAAAUUCUGCAGUUAAACCAGCGUAACGAAUGGAGUGUGUUUCAUUUUCUUUUGCACUGCUUUCGAUAUAUGUGUGUGUACGGGGGGGACUUCAUUGAAUUGCUUUUCCUGGCGAUGUUAAAUAUUUCUCCAUUUUUUUUUUUUUCCAUUGGCUGAUAUUUUAUACAAGUUCUAACUUUUUGAAUGUAAAUAGUCUACACUGCAUGAAAAAGCUGUAAAAGUGUCGUAAUAAAACUGAAUCGACAGCA